AUGGUUAGAGAUUGGACCAGGGAGCCGUUCUCCCGCCAUAACCAUCAUCCUUACCUGCCAGAGAGAUUUGUCGGGGAUGGAGUUGACGAUAAUCGAUUUCCAGAGGCUCAAGAUCUGCACAGAAGACAGCCUCCAAUGCAAAUCGCCGAUGCUCUUCGUCGAGACUGUGGAAUAGCGGUCAGACACUAUUUCUUGGCUGUAGUAAUGGAUGAUGGAAGCCCUCAAACCUUCUCUGGUCCAAGUACUUCGGGACCUCGCAGUGGCUACGAGAAACAGUUUUUUGAUAUGGAAAAAUACAUAAGUGCUAUGGACCGCUUGGAUUCUGGUGCGAGCCCUGUUGUUGAUGACUUCGGCUUCGAUGGAUACAAGCAUUCCAUGGACUUUCCAAGAAACCGUAUGAUGGACCGCCGACGAAUGUCUCAGUUUGAGGAUUGGGAAGUGCCUGCACGACAAGGCCGGAAAAGACCAAGAGCUCGCCAACACAUCAUUGAUGAAGAUGAAGCGCCCAUGACUAUAUCGACAACAAUCAGAAAGGGUAUUCAGGUCGGAAACCCCACUGAGCUUUGGACAUUUUAUGAGCAACGUUUCAAAAACAUGCAGCAAACAGCCUGUAAGCUCAUAGCAAAAGCAUGGGUCAAGGCCGUGGAGCCAAAGAAGCAGUCUACACAUCCUUACACGGGAAGUGACGAGAAGGCACCCGACUGGUGGCCCAAGCCAUGGGGUCCAACAAAGGAGGACAAGGUGCGGCAUAAGGAGCCAGACCAUCUCUAUAAACGAGAACGAGUUCAUCUUCUUAAUCACAUCCUCAGAAUGAUCGUGGAGCCCAACAAGACCCAACAUCCUGACAUUCAAAAGCUAAAUCUCAACGUGAAGAAGCUGGAGGAGAUUACGAUCGAGGCUCUUUCAGGCUUUUUCGCUGACAAGGAUAAUCCGGCCAAUGCGAAGAAGCGGCCGUUUCUUAAUGAGAUUUUCAAAGUGGCCAAGCAACAGGAACGUUUCAAGGACGGGAUGAUUGAUGGGACAACUGAGGUUUUUGUCAUGGCAGACGAUAAGAUGCUUGAUUCGUAUGCAUCCGGUAACGACGACGACGGGCCUGUUCCCAAGGAAGAGGACGAUCAAGACGUGCCGCCAAACAAGUUGGCGGCAGUCCCUGGUCUGAUGCCUUCGUCAAACAGCCACAGCUCAGGCGCUUCAUUGCAUGGCACACCUUUCCUCGGUGGAGAGCUACCCGUACGAGGCAACCAGUACAACCACUCGAUGAUGCAGGACAUGGCUCCAGACCAGCAUGGCUUCGUUGACAAUAACGCCAUGCCGGUGAAUAGUCAGCCUACGGUCCACCCCAAUAGCGGGAACCUCGGUAUGGAUAUGGGUGUGCCUCCCGCUGCACAUGAUUCUGGACGUCGUUCAUCCAUUUUCAGCGCCUCAACAGAGUAUGCGGGACAAAAUGGCACACCGAUAUACACGCAGCAAUGGCAGCCGGGUUCUACAGCGCCAAAUUCGACGUCAAUGUAUACCUUUACUCAACAGCCAGCCAAUCCACCAGCGACCGCUUUUGUCAGCCCCGGGGUUCCAAUGAACCAGGCUCAACCGUAUAUGAAUGCCUCGUUCGAUGGAAUAACGAGAGGAUAUGACCCCAAUCAGCCUACUAUGUUCCGAACAGGAAGUGUGGCACAACCGUCACAGGUCCAUCCGACUCCGGGCUAUGAUUAUAUGUCUCAGGACAGUCGAGGGCUGCCCGGUGUCAAGGUGGAUGAUGUACCGCGACAUGCGAUGCAUUAG